GCCGUUACACCUGAGAGGAGCAAACCGUUCAAGAUGGUGAAACAGUUCUCAGGAAAGAGCUAUGCGCUCGACGCGGCCAGCUUGGAGAACAUGGAGGCGUUCCUCGACGCCAGCGGAGUGACAGACCCCACACACCGCCAGCUGGCUCUGUCAGGCAAGGACACCCUGACACUGACACUGGAGGGUGACAAGGUGACGGAUGUGACCCAACUGGGCGACUACAAGCACGUGCUGACAUACCGCUUGGGGGAGGAGUUUGUGGAGGACACGGCCAGCCGCAAGAGGAAGAGCACCGUCACGCAAAGGGGAGCCGACACGCUGGUCAAGGUCGAGAAGUACGAGGAUGGAAAGACCGUCACCAUAGAGAAGACCUUCAGUGCCGACAAGAUGGUCGUGACCCUCACUAUCGGCAACAUCACAGCAAAAAGGAUCUACAAGGCAGUUUGAACUCUGUUUUUGAAAAUACAGUGUAUUUACUGUGUACAGUGAAAAACUUUCAUCGGAAAGAUCUCCUGACUGUACCCCAU